AUGCGUAUAGAGAGCGUCGCACAGCAUCGUGACUGUACAUACAUACGGGAACAACUGGAACUCGGCACCCACCUCAGCUCCGUCUGGUUCGGAACCACCUCUGCUCCCACCCCUAUCCAGGGCACAACUUGUCACCGCAAGCGUGUGAAAGAUAUUGCAAACAAAGUCCCCACCAUGGUGCGUGGUAUCGCAACAUUGACCCAUCGUCGCACGCAAUGCAGGAACUUUGCUGGCGUGCCCGCUGAGAGCCGACUCGAUAGUAUCAACGGUGAGGGCCGGGUCGGUGAAACAUCUGGGUCUCGGCGAUGGAGACUCUACAACGACAUGCGCUGCACAAGAAAAAACAAAAACAAAACUUUGGUGACUUGA